AUGAAAAAUGCAUACAAGAAACAAAUCGAUGUUACAUUACAUAUAAAGCAAAUCACAAAUAUUGUAGAAAAUCUUCUGAAAAAUAAUGCGGAGGAUUCAUUUUAUAUAAAGCAGGUAAUUUAUUAUUUUUAUUUUAUUUAUUAUCUUACGCAUUAUUCUAUUGAUGAUGAUUCAACACAAAUUUUGCACAGGAAUAGAACAAGGCUAUUUUUAAAAUUAAAUGAACGAUUAAAAAUUAUAAGCACAGCAGUUCUAUACAUAAUUAAGAAUGACAUAUUUUCAUACAAUGAUAUUAUUUUAAACAAGGAAUUUGUAAUAUUAGAAAAUUAUGAAAAUGAAAAUUAUGUUCUUCGAAAUUACUUAGCUAGUGUGGAGAGAGGAAAGAAAACACAUUAUAUAGAUUUCUUAAAAGUAAAAGUAAAAAAUGAACAGUUAUUACCCUUUAUGACUAUAAUAAGUUGCAGUACUUAUAAUAAAUUAGAAAACCUAUACAUCUUUAUGGUUAUAACUGCAUACAUAAUUUACACUUAUUUGGAAAAAUACAAUGUAAGAAAAGGGGAUCUAUUAAUAGAUGACAUGUACAUGUACAUCAGUGAUAAAUAUAGAAUGAAUGGCUACCUUAUAUGUGUUAACAAAGUAAUAAAUGUUGUUAUAAGUUUUUAUGUUAACUUGUUAAAUUUGGGAAAACAUGAACUGAUAAGUGUACUUACUGGAGGGGGGUGCAACGUAGCCGAAAAAAGAAGCGCUAACAUGGGUAACAGUGGAAGCAUUGACCAUUGUGAAAAUAAAAGCCUUAACAGCAAUAGUACUAAUAGUGAUAAUAACAGCGGAUUAAGACGCAUCAGUAGAAAAAUUGAUGAUAAAGACAGUAACAAUGACUACUAUAAUGCAUGUGAGGGUGAAGCAAAAUACCGUAAAGCAGCUAUUGAUUGUGUCUAUAUAGAAGAAUUCACAGACAAGAUUUGGAUAUAUAGAAAGUUGAAGUAUCUGUUUAAAACCAUAUGCAAUGGUUUAUUAUUAAUUUUAGAAAAUUUAGUAUGUGUUAAUUACUUAACGUUUAUUACGUUAGAUGUUUUUGUAUUAGUUUCUAAAUAUAAUCCCUCCUUUAUAGUAAAAAAUAGGAAGAUAGUAAUAAACUUAUUUUGUAAAUAUGCUUUAAAUUCACAAUUAUUUUUCUUUUUUAAAAAUAAGUUUUAUGGCAUUUUUUUUCAAAAUGAUAAAUUAUUAACGUUAGAGAUUUUUUCAUCUACGGUCAAUUGUAUUUUAGAAAAACUAGACAAUAAAUAUGAUAAUAUUCGUGAUUUAUUUCUUUUGCUGUUUUUCUAUAUUAUUUACAUUAAGCUUUAUUUAGUAGAAAAAUUGAAGAAAAAUAUAAAUUGUGAUCGUUUUGAUCAUUUUUUUCUUUUGGCAUUAAAUUCUUUGAACAACUACCUAUGUCAUUUAAUAAUAAUUUGGAAUUUUAAGAAGCCUAUUUUUAACUCCCUUAAUGAAUUAGUUAGUGAAUAUAUAGGUGUAUACAUUUUGGCAGUAAAUAAUUUCCUGAUCCAAGAUCAAGUAAUAUUCUCAGAAAAAAAAAAAGAAGAAAAGGAAGUGGCAAAAGAAAUAGAAAAAGGGCAACUUUUUUUAACUUAUUUUCCCAAUGAAAAUGUAAAAGAACAACGCGUCAGCUACACCCAUAGAAGUAAAAGAGAUUAUGAAGGGUAUAUUCAUAUAAUGAAAACGCUAGAGAUUACAAUGAAAGAGACUGCCAAUGUACCAACAGUUGAUCACUCUUAUAUAGAGGGGGGAAAUGAAGGAACAUUAAAUUAUGAAAACAGAUUAAAAAAAAAAGAUGAGGGACCAAGACCAAUUAGCAAUGAUAGGAAUUCUUAUAACUUGAUUAAUAACAAUACUGGGGAUGAUUCUUUAGAAAAAUAUUGUAAUAAUGGGUCCAUAUCAAAAAUUUGUAAAACGUUGAUACGAGAUUUUUACAAAAUCAUAGUUGUAUGUACGUAUAAAACGAAAGACAAAAAAAAAUUCUUUGAAAUUGUCAUAAGUUAUUUUAAAAAAAUAAAUCCCAUACAAAUAAAUUUUGUGAAAUAUUAUUUUAUUAAUAUCAUACUACCUUUUAAAAAAUUUCUUAAUGAUAUUUACAUAAAAAAAAGACUAUUUUAUAUAUGUAGUUUUAUUAUGCGAAGAAAAAAUUUUGAAGAGGUAAAAAAGUACCUCUUCAGUGAAAUUGCUUUUUUAUGUUAUUAUAUUUUGAAUAUGUUAAGUAUAUUGAAGUAUUCUCCAUUUCUCUUUAAUUAUUUAGAAUCUAAUCUAAAUAUCAUUGAUAUUAACUAUUUGAACAAAUCUUUACUUGAUCAAGAGUUUAAAAUACACUUUUACAAAUUUUAUAAAAAUAACAUAGACUAUUUUUUCUUACUUUUGAAUUGUUGCAAAAAGGAAUAUUUUGUUAUGCCAAUAAUAAUCUAUAACAUUUAUAUUUUUUAUGAAAUAACAAAGAAUAUUUCCUUCUACUUUGCGUGUAGCAAAUCAUGUAUAAAUAAAUUAUUCUACUACUACAGUUGUACUAAUUUAAUUAAACUUUUUUUAUUAUUUUUCAAAUUUUUGAAAAAAAUUUAUUACUACAAUGAGGAAGGCAAUUUUAUGAAAAUUAACCAAGUAGACAACUCCAUCAGGAAUCAUUAUUACGGGCAAAUAAUAACUUAUUUCAUAAAGCAUAUUUUUAAAAAAAAAAAAAAAUUUGCUCAUUUUUUUAUUAACUUUUUUGUUGAUUUGUACCUAUAUAACAAGCUAAAUAAAAGUGUCUCUUUUGUCUUCCUCUUUUAUCAAAAUUUUGAUAUACGCAUGUACCUGUCCCUUUUGAGGGUUUUGUUUAAAUUUUCGUUUUUCCUUCAUAGAAGGGGAAAAUGGAUAUACGCAGUAGAAGGAAUAUCAGAAAAAGGAGAAGAAGGAGUGGCAUGCAAAGAAGAACUAUACCAAGGUAGUGCAAACGAGGAAUUAGAGAACAGAAGAAUGUAUCUCUUAACCAACGUAAUUAACGAUAUUUUUUUGGAAUUAAAAUUUGAUAUACUACAGGAAAAUUUUUAUGAAAUUAUUAAAGACAGGAAGGAAAAAAUAUGCAUAAAAAAUCAUUAUAAGUAUAACAAAAUUCAUCUAUUUAUUUUAACUUUACUAAAAUCGGAUUUAUUGUACAGCCGUUAUAAAAAUGAACACAAGUUUGAUCUAAACAUAAAUGAUUUCUUUGUUUAUUUUAUUCUGGAAAAGAAUUCCUUUGUUUUCAAUUGUUUACUUGCAAAGUCAUCUAUUCAUUCCUAUAAGGUAAUGAAAUUUUAUAAACGAUUUCUUUCUUAUUUUAAGGUAAAUAUAGAAAAAAUUGCAAAAGAAAAAAAAAAAGAAAAGGACGAUAUGGGUACGUUUUAUGAGGAGAAAAUAGAUAAGAAUAGGAGUUGUCAUCUUACCAUAUUGAAUUUAUUUUUUAAAAAAUUCAAGAAUAUAAAUGUGCGUAAUGGUUAUAUAGGGCCAAAUUACUCAGUAUUUAGUGGUGUGUGUAGCUGGGGAAAUAGGGGUAUAUACCAAGAGGACGAUCCACCGUAUUAUUGUGAAAGACUAUCUCAGUGCGUCUUAGAUAAAGUAAACCGUGGAAGACAUAGGACCAAAGGGGGUGAAGAAGUAAGGGAAGUGGAGAACAAAGAAGAAGAAGUAGAACAACAGCAGGAACAACCGCAGGAACAGCAGCAGGAACAACCUCAGGAACAACCGCAGGAACAACCGCAGGAACAGCAGCACGAACAACCUCAGGAACAACCUCAGGAACAACAGCAAGAACGCCAGUUAAAGCAGAUCCCCAUGAAAAAGAUGAGAAAAAGCAACAAAAGAGAUGAAGUAAGUUUUAACGCAUACAACAUAAUUUUCCUAUUUUUGGGAUAUAACUUAAUACUGAAUUGCUUGAAAUAUAAAGAGAUGAAUAAAAAAGAAUCAUUUCUUAUGCUUGCUAAUAUGUUUGAUAUGUUUUUGAAUAAACUAAAAAAAGGAAAUAAUUUAAGAGAACAUAAAUGCUUAUUAAAAAAUGCAGAAUACUUUCUUAACCUAAUUUACAUAAUAGAUGCUUAUCAAUUAAAAAUAACAAAUAAGUUAAUAACUAUUCUUAAUGAGGAAGAUAAUAAUUAUUCGGUAAAUUUUCCAAUAAGUUCAGUAUUACUAAAUAAUAAAUUAGAAACACACAAAAAAAAUUAUGUAGAUAAAUUUUUUUCAAACAGUGUGUACAAUUUUUACUUAAAUAACAUUCAUAUAUACAAAUGUUGGAAAAAUUUAACAAUUUAUAAAAAUAUAAUUUUUAAUGACAAUUUUUUUUAUUUUAAUACUUGCACAGUUCUUUGUAUAUUUGAUCAUGUCUUAUAUGAAUUAAUAGAAAAUAUUAAAAAACAAAUAAUCGAAAGAAGAAUGGAAAUUAGUUGUAGAAUUAAUCCAGAACACGCAGAGCAACAGAAGGAUGCUUUAUAUAAAAUAAUCGAUAAUUACAUACACAUAAUUUACAUAAACAAUGUUUUAACUUUCAUAUCUGUUUACUCAAAAGAAUGUUGUUAUAUAUAUUCUCUAUUUGAUUUUUACAUAAAAAUUAAUUCUUUUUUCAAUGAAAUAUUUCAAAUAAGUUACGAGUCGUGUAGCAUUGAAAAUGUAUCAUGUAUGAAAGUGAAAAAUUUUGAAAAAAAGUUAACAGAUGAUAUGAUCUUUGAUUUACCCACAAACAGUAAAGGAUAUGAAAAUAUUCAAAUGAAUAGUGAUACAAAUGAUAUUAUAGAAAAUAUUUACACCUUUUUAAUUUCGGUUCUUCCAUUUUUCCAAAUAGAUACAAACGAAAUUAUAAAUUUAUAUAUUGAAUUUACUCAUGGUAAUUAUAUGCAUAUAGUAAAGUACUUUGAACAUAACAAAAGGGUUUUACUUAUAACUGGUAGAUGUUUAUAUUUUAUAUAUGGAGAUGAAGCAAUGAAUAUUAAUUACAAUGAAGAAGUGCUAUCAAAAUUUUCAUCUAAUAUAAUACUAUGUAAUAAGUACUUUUUUACAAGUAUAAUUUACAUUUAUAUGCAGAGUUGUAUAUUCGUGCAUAAUCCAGUGCACAUAUAUUAUUUAUUAAAAAACAUUACUAGUAUAAACAAAAAUAUAUUAAGUCCAGAUGUGAAAAAGUACUUACUAAGUAUAUACUUCUUGAAGAGGAAGGAAUUUUAUUUUUGCAGAAUGUUCGCUCAAAGUGUGUUCUGCGAUCUGGAUAAAAGGGAUGGAUUGAGAAGCGAACAGAAUGAAGAGCAGUCGAAAGAACGGAGGAACGAGCAACCGAACGAAUCACCUAAGAAGGAUGCAAAUUUUACAUAUGACCUCAAGUCAUACGAUGAUUUAAUAAAUUUAUAUUUUAUGAACAUAUCCUUUUGCACUGAAAAACAGAAAUUAAGUACUUUACUCGUAAAUCUAAAAAAAAGUAUAUACUCCUAUGAACAUCACCUAAAUAGGCGAAAUGAAUUCUUAAACUUAGUUGCAGGUUACUGUGAGCAUAAUUUAUCCUUAGUUCCAAGUUAUUUACGCUGUUCAUACGCAGAAGUUGGUAAGGCAAGAAAAGUGCAACCCACUAAUGAUAAAACCGGAAACUGCACUGAUAAUAAUCAUUACAGCACGCACACCCACACCCACACCCAUAACAACAACAACAUCAAUAGCAAUAGCAAUAGCAACGGCUACACUAACUUUACUUAUGAGAAAAAGCCUAAAAAUAAUGCGCUUUAUAUAAAUAUAUUAAAUAAAGACCCUUUAUUUAUCAUUAAGUAUGUAAAUAAGAAUAAAUUAAUUUUCGAACAGGAUAACGAAUUGAGGGAAGCGAAAUUUUUUUUUUACAAAUUUGCUAAAUAUUUAAAAGAAAACUCUUUUUAUUGCUAUGAGUUUUACAUUAGGAGUAAACUAUUUUCUGCUUAUAUGAAUCAUAAUAAUGAAAUAAGGGAAAUGGUUACAAGAAGUAAACUCAACUACUCAAAAUAUAAGGUAAAUCCUUCCUACGAUAUUUAUUAUUCAAACGACAAAAUUACGAAUUAUAAUAAAUGUAAAGUAUAUCCCAUUACAAACAGCGGUAGCUUUGUUAGACGCUUCCUUAGUAGUGAUAAGAAAAAAGACAUGUUAGCAUUUUUCAUAAUAAGUAAGAUAUUAAAGGGUAUACAGAGUAACGAUAUAUUUUUUCCAGUAUAUUUAUUACUAAGAAGCAGUGCUGAAUAUAAAAAAUAUAUGGAAAAAUAUAUGUUUCUUUUUUCAUUAAGUGAUAGAACACAUAACAUGAGCAAAUAUUUUACUAGAAUGAAUCUAAUGAAUUACAAAGACAUAAAUAGUUUUCUAUUUAGGCAUAUAUGUAUAAAAGCAUCAUGCCGUUCGGAUGACAUACUAAACAAAGUAGUUAUUAAUUAUUCCAUAAUGAAUCAGAAUUACUUAAAUUUUAUAUAUCAUGUAUUACAUAAAGGAACAGCAUGUAGAUAUUUUAAUAUGACUCAAUCUUAUAUCAAUUUUAGCAAUUAUUAUGUAAAUGACAUAGAAAUGAUAAAUAAUAAUACUUCAUAUAUCCAUAUGUGCACUAAUUGUAGCAAAAUAGCAUAUAAUAAUUUUAGAGAUAAUUUCUUUACACAUUUAUACUGUGUAUGCAUGAAUGAACAAUUUUUAAUAAUAAAUGAAAUUCAAAGGAAAAAAGUCAAUAGCUAUUAUGCACUUUGGAUUGAUAGUUGUAAGAACAAUUUAUUUUUGUUAAAGUUAUUUUCCGAGUUGUACGAUGAAGACAAAAAAAGUAGAGGUGGAGGGGAACUAAGAGAUUCGUGUAUAGAUAUUUCAUACAUAAUGAGACUAAAAAAAAUUAGGAAGUUAAUAAUAAAAUUUAGCUCCUGCAAGGAGAAAUUUUUUGAUUGGGACUAUGUGAAAUCGUAUUUAUUUAGUAACUUUGGGGGUAAUAGAGACGAUGAGAAGGGAAAUGAGCAGUUAAGUACGGAAAAGGGGAGUGAAAAGGGAGAUUGUGAGAAGAACUACUGUGAGAAGUACGACAAGUAUGUUGGCCUAAUAUUAACCCAUCUAACAUUUUUGCAAUAUGUAAAAACGUUGUUCAUGUACAAUACACUUAACGGUAUGCUUAAUUCCUUCCGAUUUACAUUUAAUUAUAAUAUUAACAAACAGUGUAAUGAGAGCGGAGACUUAUACAUAAGAAACGAUUUUAAAGUAAAAAAUAAGUUAUUAUUUCUUUUUAAGAAUUUAUUUUUUUUUUAUUAUGAAAAAGAAAUUUUGAAAAAAAUGCUAUUAUUAACACAUUUUCAAUCAGGAGAAAAGGUUAAUUUAAUUAAGCAAGACGAAAAAAAUAUGAAGUCAAAAUAUAAGACUAGUACUUGUUCGGGUUUGUUUGAAAAGUACACUAUAGGAUAUACCGAAACGACUCAUGACGGUAAUUUUUAUUGUGAUAGUAAUGUGAUAUAUGAUGAUAGACAGAACGAAGGGAUUAUACACGUAGCGCGAUGUAUUAGCAGUACUAGUGAAAAUGAAAAUUUUAACGAAGUAAAUUCUCUUAAGGGAAACGUCUCAACAAAGUUCGACUUACACAUUUAUGACUUCACUGCGAAGAUUCCUGUACAUAUGUAUGCUCUUAUUUAUCGAAAUAUACUAAAUUAUUUUUUUGAAAAAAAAGAACAUACCAAUUUAAAAGUUAUCCUUUUUUCCCUGUUUCUCCAUUUGUACAAAAAAAUACCUGAAAUAAUUUCAGUACAUUUAACUGCAUUUUAUAAAAUGCAUAUAUAUAAUAAACAUACAAGAAGAACGAAUAGAUUAUUCUUCUCCAUGUUGUGCACGGAAGGCGUUAGUGGUAUGGGUAGUGGUUUAGGUAGUAGUAUGGGUAGUGGUUUAGGUAGUAGUAUGAGUAGUGGUGUGGGUAGUGGUAUGACUGGAGGUAUGGUUAAUAUCAUGAAUAAUAGCAUGGAUAAUAACACUGGUGGAGAUAUUGGUAGCAGUAGUGACGAUAUAUUUGAAAAAAAGGGGGAGCAUAAAAACGUAAUAAAUGUAUGGGAAAAAAGACCUAAUAUAAUAAAUUCCCAUUUUGAGGGAAAGUAUUCGGGGGUUGAAAUAGAAUUUAACAAAGGUAAAGAAAUAAUAAAUGAGAUAGGUGAUAUUUUUCCAUAUUCAUCUUUUACAAAAGGAAGAAAUGUUUACAUGGAAAAUAACGAGUUUGUUAACUCAUCACAUAAUGGCGAUUUUCAUGAUAUAUAUAAAAAAAAGAAUAGGACCAUCUCUCAAUUUUUUAUGCGCACAAAAAAUUCAAAUUUUUUAUUUUGUCUAGACUUUAACAAUAGUGUAACAAAUUUGUUAAAUUCUAUUGAGUUAAUUUUUUCAAGAAUAUUUCAUACAAUAUUGUCUUACGUAAAAUACACAGUGAAGGUUUAUAAAAAAAAAAAGAAAUUUUUUAGCUGUAUAAGAAAAGGAAAAGAGAAAAAAAUAAGUAAAGAAGAGAAUGCAGUUGAACAGAUAAACGGAUUCAUUAAAAUUAAUGUAAAUGAACCAUGCAAGUUAGAUGAGUUAUGGAAGAAUAAAUUUUUAUUUUUUUUAAUUUUCCUAAAUGAGCUAGUUCUCUAUUUGAAUAAUGAGUGUGAACAGAGUAAUCCAUUUAUGACAUAUUUUUUUUUUCGUAUGCAUUUAAUGUCAACCCCUCACACAUACAUUACUAGGGGAGUUGAAUUAUAUACCAAGAAUUUGAUAGAAGAAGAAUUAAAAAAAAUAUAUAUAAUAUUUGCACAUUUCUACUGUUAUUUGUAUAUAAAAAAGAAAAUAAAAUUAACGAAGGAUGUAGAGGAAUGUGUAAAAAAGCAUAUGUCCAUGACAAACAAUUUGAGAGGGAAUAUCCUUGAUAAUUUUCAUGCAUUUCAUUUUGAAAUGUUAAUAGAAUUUUUAUCCAAUUUUACCAUUUUUCUAAACAGAAUUAUUCAAAACAGAAACAAAAAUGAGAAUAUUGGUAAUAGCUUCUUUAGUGAUUUUAUAAAAUAUAAAUCCUAUUCAUCAGUAAACGAAUUACAACAUGUUAAUAUAUAUAUAGAAGAUAAACAAUCACACAAUUUAAUAUCAUAUAAUAAAAUAGCGAAUUUUUCUAAAAGCGCGUACACAAUUACCAUUGAUAAUAAUUCUACAAAAAUUGUUACCAUUAUUUUUAUGAACGGUCAGGUAAUUUCUUAUCGUGUUAAAUGUGGACAAGAUUUAAGAAUAGAUAAGUACAUUUAUGACAUUUUUGAUUUCACAUUUUGUAUACUCGGCAAGGGGAAGGUAACUGGAACUACUCCUUAUGAUAAAAUUCCAUAUAAUAAUGUUUUUAAAAAGGUAGAAAAUAUUGUAAAAGUUAAAGUAAAUGGAGGAAGAGGAGAAGCAGAAGCAGAAGCAGAAACAGAAGCAGCAGCAGCAGCAGUAAAUUAUAAAAAACGCGUGGAUAACGAGCAUUUUGAAGAAGGGAAAACACCAUUUUUUUUCUUUUUCCAUCAUAGAAGAGGUGCGCCUAUACAUUUACCUGAUAUAAUAUAUUUAUCGAACAUGGUAGGUAUAGUUAAAAAGAAUAAAAGUGUAACCACCAUUUUGUCUUUAAUAAAUGAGGAGGAUAAAAAAAAAUUUGACAAAAAUUUCAAUGAGAAAUUCUUAAAAAGGGUUAAGAAGUAUGAUAAGGAGAGGGUUCCUCUCAAAAUAUACAGUAAACAUAUUAGCAGUAAUUUGUUGUAUGAUAAUAUUAACAAACAAAGACAAAAUUAUAAGGAAGGGGAAUUUCGAGAUAGUGUAAAAAAGCAAAUGACCCCACUGAUGACAGAAAAACAACAUAAGCAUAGAAUUAAGAAAGUAAUGAAGGAGAGGAUGUUAAGAGAAGUUUAUUACGAAUUAAAAGAAGAAUAUGAAAAAUAUAUACAUAGUGUUAAACUAUACAUACAUAUGCUAAGUAAUAACAAUAAAGAAUAUUUUGAAAAUAGAAAAAUGUACACAUCAUCUUUAAUAGUUAAUAGUUGUAUAAAUUUUAUAACAAAAGUUGGUCAUAGACAUUUAAGUAAUAUUUUAUAUGAUUACAUUAAUCACGAUAUUAUAAAUAUUGACCUGAAUGUAUCAUUUCAAAGGGGUAUUUAUUUACGUAAACCUGAAGUGGUACCCAUAAGAGUAACAGACAUUUUUUGGAAUGCUACAAUUUUUAAUUUUUCUAGCUCUUUUUUUAUUUAUAAUUUAAAUGAAAUAUCAUCUAUUUUGUGUGAAUAUAAAGACUACUACUUAAGGAAUUUUCAUCAAUUCUUUUUUUAUCCUUUUUAUUAUAACGAAAGGAAAAAAAAUUUUGACUUAUUGCAUAGUGCUGACUUCCUUUUUUGCGAAUACUCUAUAAAUAAGAAUUAUCAUCCAGAAAGGAAUUACGAAGCACAUCUUUCAGAUGAUUUCUUGUCGUUAAUUUAUUCCAUGUCCAACUUAUUUAAUAGUAUAUAUAUGAAUCACACCUUCAUAAUUAAGAAUAUAAAUGAGUGUAAAAAGGGCAUAGGAAUGUGUCCACAUUUCUACUCGACCUAUUGCAACAAUGGAAAACUAAAGAUGAAAAUAGCUAAACUGUUAGGAAGCCAAUUGUAUCUCCUCCAUUUUGGUAAAAUCAUAAACAAUUCGGAUCAUUAUGUUAAGAAGGAAUUUUCAAAAAUUAGUCGCUCUUUGUGCAAGCACGAAUUUUUAACAAAACAAAAAAAAAAAGAGGACGAGAAAGGUUUGAAAUAUAGAACGUUAUAUAUUCAACAGGAAGAAGCAUCAGAUAAAAAGCAAUGUAGUAUUGAAUUACAAGAAUAUUCUUUUAUUCUCCCAAGCUCAAACUUUAAUGAUAGCAUUUUUAAUGAUACAGAAAAAGAUGUUAUAGAAAUUAGCUUUAAAAAGGAUGCAAAAAGUUUGCUAAAAGAAACACCGUUAUAUAGUUUAAAUAAGUUAAGCAAAAUAUUUAAAUUAAAACAAGUAAUUAAUAAUGUUUAUUUGUUAAAAUGCGAAAAAUACACGAAAAUUUUAUUUAGAAUUUAUUACAAAUUUAAUUCAGUACAGCAAAUACAUACAAAAAAUUUCCCUUUUGCAAAAAUGUAUAUUGAAGAAUGUGUUAGAAUUAAUUAUAGCAAUUAUAACAAUGAUGAUAAAAAGGAAUAUAUAAAAAAUAUUACACAAAUAUUAUGCCAUAAUUUCUUUGUAAUAGAAAGUAUGGUAACCCAAAAUAGGAAGAAAAGUUAUGAGUAUUAUAUUUACUUCAUGUCUUUUCUGUUUUAUUCCCUUUCUUUUAUUAAUUUAAAAAAAAUUAUAAAAAAAUAUAUAUCACAUAAGACAAAGAAUUUUAGGAAAUAUUAUUUAAAAGAACAUUUUUUUUUCCCCAUAGUAAAAGGGGGAUAUUUGAGAAAAGUAUUAACAUACAUAAGUUCAUAUCUUUAUCAUAUAAAAUAUAACAAUAUCAUAUAUUAUGUUUCAAACCUAGCGGAUCAGUAUAGUAAAAAAUACUCGAAUAAUAUGUUAUUACCUAAUGAAGAAAUACUGAACGAACAGAAGCAGGUUGAAUACUGUUUAGAAGAUGCUACACAUGUUAUAAACAGUAAGCCUUUUGAAAAAAUAAAAAAUUACUUAAAUAUUAUUAAUGAACUAAUAAAAAGUAUAGAUCAUAUGUUCCAUAUAAUUAUAAGAAGAUAUACACGCAUAUUGAAUGUAAUUAUAACGUAUUCUACCAUGUUUAUAUUCCUGUAUUUAAAAAAUAGUCAUAUGAAAAUUGAAGAAAGGGAAAAAAUAUUUUAUUCUCAUUAUAACAAUUUUAAUAUAAAAUAUGAUUUUUUACAUGAACGUUUUAAUAAUUUUCCCUUAAGAGAACGCAUUCACACGUAUUACAUUUCUUUUAAAAUUUUGUACAUAUUAAAAUACAUACAAUAUUUCCUUUGCAAUAAUUAUUACAAGUAUUAUUCAGCCGUAGUGCAACUAAUAGAACAGUUCGGCAAAGGAAGAAGAGACGAACCUUUUUACAAAAAGAAUUGCACUAAAUGUAGCUGUGAGACAGCUAUAAAAUUCGUGAGAAAGGAAAAGAACUACAAAACAAUAUACAAACGGGGUAGAGAAAAAAAUACGGGAAAAAAAGGGGGGGAAAUAUUGUUAGAAAAAUGGAAUAGAAACAGCAAGAAAAAUAGGCAUAAAAAAUGGAAUAAAAAAUGGAAUAAAAAAUGCUCUAGGCACCUUCACAAGAUAACUGCUAAAAGUAAUAUUAAGCAAAUUUACGCAAUUUCACAUUCAUUCCAUAAUGCAAAAAAUAUUACGAAUUAUAUCAACUUUUUAAUGUACAUUUUAAGCAAAAACAGUAUAAGGAAAAAUAUUAUGAAGCAAAUAAGUCGUUUAUAUAAACACAUAAAAUCUUUGUUCAGUAUAAGCAUAUCAAGUAAUGAAAAAAAAAAAAAAAUCAAUAUUGUACAAUCGUACCUUAAAAUAACAAAAUUAUAUAAAUUUUAUGAUAUGAAUAUAUAUAAUAAGAAAAACAUAACUCAUAAUAUAUAUAAAAAACAAAAAAAAGACUUAUUUUUUUACAAACCAUAUUAUUCAUCCAAAAGGUUUUUAUACCACGAAAAAGAAUUCAGUUACUCAGAAGACAAUUCAUGUGAUAGUGUAAAUUAUAAUGAACCAGAAAAUGUACGAAACUUUCGAAGAAAAUUAAUUAGAAGAAGUAAUAAUCGAAGGUGUAAUAAUCAACUUUUAAAUACUAAGAAAGAGGGAAAUGUUCACAGGGAAAACAUAGAAAGAAGUAGAAUAAAUACACAUGCAAUUUAUUUUGCACGAAAAAAAAAAAAAGAUAGCAUAAUAUCCUUUGAGAAAUUUCAAAAUAUAAGAAAAUUACACCUUGAUAUAGAAGAUCAGAAGUUAUGUUAUAACGAUUUAAAUAUGUUAUAUUACAUGAAUAAUUUUCAAAAUAAUACAGGUGUUCAUUAUUUUAAUGAAAAAAACUUUUACAAGGGGGAAGAUUAUGAUGACGUAUUGUUAUCUUCGAAAAGUUUGAUAUCUUCGAAUUAUUAUAUACAAAAAGAUUUAACGAAAGAAAAAAAGAAAAGAAAAAAUGAUAAUUUAUACUUUUUAAGUAAAGGAAAUAUAUUUCAGCAUGUAUAUUACGUGUCUAAAUCGUCAAAAUAUUUGUCCAAAAUGCAUCAGGGAUGGACACCCUGGCUGUAA